AUGGCGCAAACGAGCGUCUCCUCCAUGGAGCCACCGCCGUCGUCGGCGAACCAACCCGCCAACACGAGCUUUCUUCGUAAACUCUUCGGACGAAACAAUGGGUCUCCGGCUUUAGGUGCCGUCGGCCCGUCCCACGCUAAUGAGCCCGAGCCCGAACCCGAACCUGACUCUGACGACCCGCAACACGCUGAGCUCGGGCGCCGAGUCUCAAGACAGGUCGUGCCCGGACUUCCUCGCGUACAGACCUUCAAACGUCAACAGUCGGAACGUAGAAACAACCUUGCACCCGUUGAGCCCUCGCCGGCAGAGAGGCGGGCCCUGUCAGUAGAUAGACGCGUGCAGCCGUCACGAACAGCGUCUCAAUCUCAGACGUUUCCCCGGGCCAGCGCUCCGGACUUCUUCCAGAAUGCCUCUUUCGAGGUUCAGUCAGCUCCGUCUGUUCCGGCUAGCCCUAUUGAGGGCAGGACCGACGGAAGUCUAAGUCAGAUGGUAGCUCAAGUGGCAGAGCCCGCAGUUGAAGAGUAUCAAGGGCCUGACAUCCAGUCAAACUCCGACGCGCAUUCAGUAACGACAUCCCAAUCCCAGUACGACGCCAUGAUUCAUGAAGAACUCGAGACUACUUGGAUUCUCAACCUCAGCAUGCAUUUCCGGGACAAGUCCAAACGAGAAAAGUUCUUCGUUACCUAUCGAGAAACACCUACCCUGUGGCGUCGGGUGACUAUCUCACUGGACUACCGUAAUGCUCCCGACGGCUCACUUGAGAAGGACUUACUACACAACAAGUCGCAACGCGACAAAAGCUCCAAGAUUUAUGAAGCGAUCAGGGAUAGCCUACAGGAUAUACAGUUUUACCCAUCCGUCACCAACCUCAAACUACAAACUACCGAUGGCCGGCUUCAUGUUCAUGUGGUGGAAGACGUAAAUGAAAUCAUUCAAUACCCCACCGUCCGUCAAGUGCAGCAUCUAGGGUGCCGAAGGAUUAAAGAACGAGACAUUGAAUUCGACUCCCAUAUGUCUGGCUUUGUGUACAAGGUCUGCGUUGGGGGCGAAGUACUUAUUAAGAAAGAAAUCCCGGGACCUGAUACUAUCGACGAAUUCCUCUAUGAAAUCAACGCCUUGAAUCGACUACGGUACUCGCGCAACAUCAUUCAGUUCUACGGUGUCGUUGUCGACGACGACGAUGAACACGUUAAAGGGCUACUCAUCAGUUACGCCGUCCACGGUGCGCUCAUUGAUGUGAUUUAUGAUAACCGGCAAGAGUCAGAGCUCGGUCUGCCCUGGCCAAUCCGUGAGAAGUGGGCACGUCAAAUCGUACAAGGCCUGGCAGACAUCCAUGAGGCCGGUUUUGUCCAAGGCGACUUCACCCUCUCGAAUAUUGUCAUUGACUAUGAUGAUGACGCCAAGAUCAUCGAUAUUAACAGGCGGGGGUGCCCUAUGGGCUGGGAGCCUCCAGAAGCAACCCCGCUCAUUGAGAGCAACCAGCGUAUUUCAAUGUAUAUCGGGGUCAAAUCUGACCUUUAUCAGCUCGGCAUGGUUCUGUGGGCGCUGGCAACACAAGACGAUGAGCCUGAAGCUCAAGGGCGUCCUCUGCAGCUGGGAGAGGAAUGCAUUGUUCCAGCCUGGUACCGCGAGGUUGUGGAUAUUUGCCUUAGCGAAGAUCCACGGUCACGGCCACAAGCUUCUUCGAUCUUAACACUGUUCCCUGAAACGGAUGAUGUCCAUGAUAUUCCUCCUUCCAUAUCAGUGGACGACGGCUAUUCCAUGCAAGAAUACUUCGUGGACGGAUAUCAAGGCAAUGGCCAGGCGAGGGUCAGGACUGUCCAGCCGUCCCAGGACUGGUCAUAUGUGAACAUGGGACAUACGUACGUCAACCCCAACAUGGGAUACUCGCAAGAUCCCUACUACUACACCAGAGGCCGAUCGCCCCCAAGUCCACUGCCAAGUCAUUACGGACGCUGCGACUCUCCCAACAUGGGCCGGAACAUCUCAGCGUGGGCGGGCGCUAAGAAUAUUGCGCCGUCAUACAGCGACAUCGGGGUGGACGAAAUCGAGGAGCCGAAGAGUGCAACGCCGACAACAAGCAAGGAUUCUAUCGCGACGCCAGAGCCUCUGGAGGAAGCGAGUAAGGCUAUGCAGCGGAAACUGGAGGAUCUGCAUAUGUCCAAUGAUCUGUCACCUUUGGACGAAGCUGACAUGGACCACACACCUAUGCAGGAGAACACCAGGCUUGUGGGCGAAGAACUUGCGAGGGUCUUGACUAGGGACCAGCACGCUGAACCAUGCUCCUCAGUCGACCCUGUCGACACGCGGCCCACAAUGGCAAGCCCCAUGACGAUUAAAAACGUCACUAUCGAUGAAGGAACAGCGGGAGUAAAUGGUGGCACUAAAGCGAGUGUAGGAAGAGAGAUGCUGGCCGAGGAAAAAGAGACAGCAGGGCAAUCAGCGCCCGUAGCAAAGGGGGAUACAGAACCCAGAGACCAAACGGACAGGAAGAACACCAUUUCGAGCGAGGGAGCAGAUGCGGUGAUCGGGGCUCUGGACACCGAGCACAAGGAUACGGCGGCAGAGAGUCUUGUCUUACCACCUACCCGGGAUACCCCACCAACAGCCGAAGCCAAGCCGGAGCCCACGGCUGAGACCGUGGCCGGAUCUGUGAAAUCGCCGACGACGACUGCACCGGGUUCCACAGUGUGGCCAGCAGAAUCUUUAGUUGAGAUACAGCUUCCAAAUACUGAGGAGGAGGCCAAACAGCGAGUCUCCCAGCCGGCUUUCCAGCUAGUACCAGAUGAAUCCACUGGCACCCACAAGGUAGAAGCACUUGAACUCAAGGGAGUUGGAGCGGCAUACUUGGAAACGAAUGAACGGAUGAUGCGGGAGAAGAUGUCCUUUGAUGAUGAUUUAGCAGUGGCAAAGACAGCGCCAACGAUAUCGACAGAUGCUCAGAAAUGA